CACCUUCAGCUUCAUCUGCAAUACGUUCAUCCAACAACUACUUUACAAAAUGAAACUGUUCGUGAUCGCCGCUCUCGUCGCCGUGGCCGCCGCCGGUCGCUUAGAGCACCUGGAGCGCUCCUACCUCCCACCCGACAGCAACUCCAUCAGCAGCGGCCGCUCCCUCGGCAGCCACGGCAGCUUCGGCUCGUCCAGCUCCCACGGCGCCUUCGGAGCCAGCUCCGGAGCCUUCGGCGCUGGGGCUCGUCAGCAAGGAGCCUUCGCCGGCGCCACCUCCAACCAGUACCUGCCUCCUAACCACGGACCUUCCGGAUCCAACGGAGCUCCUCAGUUCACUGGUUCACUCCAAGGUUUCGGCUCCCAGGGCUCUUUCCGCAGCCAGCAGUACAACGGUCAACAUGGCUCUCAGUACUCUGCCCCCUCUUCUCAGUACUCUGCCCCUAGCUCUCAGUACUCUGCCCCCACCUCGCAGUACUCCGCCCCCAGGUCCCAGUACUCUGCCGCCCCCAGCUCGCAGUACGGUGCCCCCGCUGGCUCGUUCGGCCAGUCUGCCACCAGUCGUCAGUACCUCGCUCCUCGUGCCAGCUCCUCCCAGCAGUAUCCUCAGCAAGCCUUCGAUGAGCAGACCGGCUACCAAUACUAAGCAUGUUCUGUGCAAAAAGAAAAUGUGUUAGUCAAUUGAGUAGUUUGUACCUACGUAUGUAAAAUAAAAAGCUGUAUAUAUUA